AUGUGUAGGCAUCAAGUUGCGUGGUGGAGGUCCAAGUGCGUAGCAUUAGAGCACGAAAAUCUGGUUCUAAAAAAUAAAAUCCGUGAGAUCAUCAAUAAUUGCAAUCACAAUCAUGUCAAUUGUCAGCAUCAUCAAGUUCAUAAUUAUGAAAAUAGAUUAGGAGAGCUAGAAAAUGCUGGACGUUCAGAGCCCAUUCAAGAACCAUAUCAGUAUCAAAAUCAGAAUAAUUUUUAUCAACAAGCUGAAGAAGAAGAAGAAGAAGAAGAAGAAGAAGAAGUAGAAGAAAAUAAUGAAGAGCUAGAGUUUGAGAUUGACGAAGGAAUGAUGAAAUUCCUGGAGCAAAGUGCUCGGCAUAAAAAGGAGCUGAAGCGAAAACGGGAGCUGGAAGCUGAGGAAGCCCAGGUCACUUGGGUGUCUCAUGAAAACGACGAUAAGAUCAAGUUAGAAGAAACUACGCUGCUAUACGGAAAGGACAAGUCCAAGAUCAUUGCCAUCGAAACGAGGAUGCAAGUGGAGGUUGAUCAGUACAAAACUCAACACCAGCCGGAAUACUGGCCCAUUAUUCCCCUUAAGUUAUAA